AUGGAGCAUAAGGCUGAUUCACCAGUGCCCAUAUUCGAUCUUCAACAAGGGAGCAGCGAGCAGGAGGGCGAGGAGUGUGAAGAGGACGAAGGGGAGGGCAACGCUCACACGCCACCGCACGACCCCGGCAGCCCUCAUACCCGCUACCCCUACAGCAGACCUCCGCACAACCAGUACCCUCCCUAUUUUCCACGACGGGGCGGCCACCACCACGGCUACUACUACAGAAACUUCGACAAGAGGUUCGACAGGCGCGGAGGCUUCGACAGGUACAACAACGAAAACUUGAGGACCUUCGAGGACAGAGGACCGUACCCGAAGCCUCCAUUCUACGAGAGACAGUACUUCUACGAUAACAAGUACUACGGGCGGCCCCCUUAUUGCGGCGACCGUAAUUUUAAGUUCGGCUAUGUUGAGCGAGGUCGACGACCCUUCAGGCCGUAUGGACGGCCCGGGUUCUUCCCCAGGGGGUUUCCGGGGCCCUAUCCUGAUGGAGGGUACCCAAUGGACGGUAGUGGGUGCGGGGGCCAAGAGGAGGACGAGGAGGAGGAGGAGUGGGAGGAGAUCCCUACGGAGGAACAACACAACGGGAGUGAGGGUGGUGAGAGACCCUCCCAGCCCGUCCACACCGUCAUGAUCAACAAUGAAGAAUACACCAAGAUCCAGACGCCGCGUCAGGAGGUGAUCUUCAAGAAGAGCUCGUUGGACCGCAAGCAGGACUCCCUCGACCAAGGUUCCGUCACCGGCUCCAUGACCUCCGGGAGCGGCUCCUGCAGCACCGGCGGCGACGGUCCUGCCAGCGCCGGGGGGAGCGGAGACCUGCUGGCAGGGGACCAGGUGUCGCUGUCUGGCUCUAUGGAAGACAACUCCCUGUCUGUAGGUGGCGACGACCCGUCAGACAUGCCCAGCCACCACGACCACCACGACCAAGUCUUCGAAGACCCCAGCGAGAUGUUCGUGAGUGACGGCGGAGGACCCCCCUUGGCGGGUGUAGUGAUGCAGCAGGCGUACCCGGGAGGCCCCAUGUUCACCAUUCCAGUGCACUGGACGCCCUUCAUCGACCCCGGCCUUAUCCCCGGGGAGACGGCCCUCACCCCACUUGACCCAGCCUUCACCCACGUCAUUGACCCCAAGUCUCUGCCCAUCGACCCAGUACACAUUCUGCCCGUCCAGCACGAUGCCACAGGCUGCCCCGUCCAGGUCCAGGUCAAGGUUGACUCCAACGGCGUGCCUAUCCAGAUCGAGCCGAGCGCCUUCACCGUGUCGCUGAGUACCCUCCAGCAAACGCACCCGGAGACCACAGACCAAGAUGACACAACACCUCGGGAUGGAGUCUCGCAGAAGGAACGCAGAUCGAAACGACAAAAGCAUAAGAAUGUAUCUGUGGUGAAUACUGACGAUCAGGAGACGGACACGAUAGAAAAAGUGAAAGAAAAAGAAGGAGAAAGUAUAGAGAAUAAAGAAAAGGUUGAAGAGCUGCAACAAGACGCUCAGCAGCUCGAGAGGGAAAAUAGUGAACACGAGGAUAACAAAGACGUGGCUCCGACGGGUGUGGAAACAGAACACCAACUGACUACCUCAGCCGAUGACGUGGUGAGUACCGUGUCAUCCCCCACUGGUGUGGACGAGGACAUGGUGCCUGCCGUGUCCUCCCCUUCUGUUAUCGACGAGGACAGAGUGUCUGCCGUGUCCUCCCCUUCUGUUAUCGACGAGGACAUGGUGCCUGCCGUGUCCUCCUCUUCUGUUAUCGACGAGGACAUGGUGCCUGCCGUGUCCUCCCCUUGUGUUAUCGACGAGGACAGGGUGCCUGCCGUGUCCUCCUCUUCUGUUAUUAACGAGGACAUGGUGCCUGCCGUGUCCUCCCCUUGUGUUAUCGACGAGGACAGGGUGCCUGCCGUGUCCUCCGACACUGCCAUGGACGAGGACAUGGUGCCUGCCUUGUCUUCCGACGCUGCCGUGGACGAUGUCAAGGUGUCUUCCCCUACUUCUGAGGACGCUAAGGCAGGAGGACCUAGUGCGGAGGUGGUGAUGGAAGUAGUGAUGGAGGUGGAGUCAGUGGAAGGUGUAGUGGAUCAACUGGAAAACGUGCAGGUGGUGAAGGGAGGAGUGGCAACAACAGUGUCACAAGAACCUCACAGUGAAGUGUUGGUAAAAGUCAGUGAGAAGGAGACUGGGUCGUUGUCUAGUGCAGUGCCGCAGGAGAGGACUUCCCCUGCGGCAGGCACACACUGCCAGAACCAGGUAGUGGUGGUCCAGACCAUAGAGGAGGACGACGAGGAGGAAGAGGAAGAAGAGGAGGAGGAAGAUAUGCUGACCAAGGAGUCUGAAGAAUGUUCAGACUCCAGUGACUCACAGUACGCCAGCAUGAGUGAGUCAUCAACCACGCCCACUACGCCCGAGGGGGAGCCCUCCGACGCCCACGACACCCCCGCACCCGGCCUCACCACGCCCACCACCCCACACACCUCAGUCAAGGCUGACAGCGGCAUCUCCACCACCACCCCGCAGACAGCGACGCCUGAGGACGUCCCUGUGGCUGACAGCCCCAACACCAAUACCCCAACAGACAGCCAGCCAACAGAAACUGAAGCAACAGACAGCAGCAGCACACAGACCAGCGUCCUUCAGGGUUACGUUAUGGUGCCUAUCCUCACUCCGUACUACGAUCCUUCAGUGCUGUAUGGGUACCCGGUGGUAGUGGCCAACCAACAACAACAACAGCCACCACCACCACUGCCACAACAUUGCUAUGGUAAACGGAAAAAGAAAAAAUACCAGCGUAGACGCCAUGCAGAUGUCCCAGCUGCAGGAGGUUACCUGGAUCCACAGUUGUAUACUGGUGAACCAUUUGUAGCAACACCUGGUGGUUAUGUGGUACCAAUAGAGGCAGCAGCAUCUGUCUGUCAAGUUCAUGGCCUUCAGUACGUAACUUCCCCUGCCUUCCACCAGCACCCAUCUGACGAAGGUUUUGUAUCUGUCCAACACUCUCCUUACCUCCCAGAAGUAGCCACUGAGCCACCUUCUGCAGAAGUACAGCAGCCUGAAGGGACCAGCCAGGACGAGGCAUCCAAAACAGUCUUUAGUGAUCUCCAGGAUACAGAGCGACGACAGAUACAAGAAAUAUUACAGGAACGUGCAAAGGUUGGUAAGUCAGAUUCCACAGAGUCUUCAGAUUCGGGUGUAUCAGAAUCUGAGGAAACUGCUGCAGCUGAGCUCUCUUGUGAUGAAUUGGAGACUCUUAAGCAGCAGACCUCCCAGGCAUCAGCAUCAAGUGUGUCAGAAGAGUAUACAACAGAUGUAAAUUCCUCCACUACACUGCCAUGUCAAGAAGGAAUUUCAUCAAGCAAUUUGGAAAGGGUAGUGCCAGAAGUAGUAUCUCAAAAAGAUGGUACUGAGAAAAGUAUUCCUGAGUCAGAUAUCACACAGACUCAAGAAGAUAGUACGGGUGAAUUGAACAAUGCUCAACAUCACAUUACUGAUGGCAUUUCAUCAGUAACUGUAGAAACCAAUGAUAAUCACACUGAAUUAUCAGAUAUUAAUACACAAGAAUUAACUUGCACAGAAACUCUGCACACAAGUCACUUAGAUGGCUGCAUCUCAAGUCAAAGUCCAGUGAGCAGCACUGAAGUUAGAAGCAUUCAGAGAAACUUUCAGGGAACAGACGAAGUAAACCUUGCUGAGAGUUAUAAUCAUGGACCAGAAGUAGAAACAGUCAGCCUUGAAUUUCAAGUGAGAGAUAAAUUUGAAACUCCUGAUGAGGUAACCAAUGAAAAAGUACUUCAAGACAAAGUUACUGAGAAUGAAAUAAUUUAUUUUGAUGCCAGUUUAGCUACUGCAAAUACAGAGUGUGAGAGUGUAGAUGAGUCUGCUAUUGACAAGACUGCUAACAACUUCAAGGAAUUGCCAGAGGGGGUUCAAGAAUUUGAAAUAAACCAUUCAGAAAAUUCUUUGGUGCUUAAAGCUGAUGAUUUAAUAGAUAAAGUGGUAGAGGAAAAUAGCUUGGCAGCAACCACAUUGCAAGAAAAAUCUGAAAUUUACAACAAAGUAAAAACAGUUGAACUGUUGACAGAAUUUAUCAGUCCUCUUACAUUAAGUAAGGAAGAAGCACUAUCCAGUAGUAAAGUAAUUAAUCUUGAUGCAAAAAAUUCUCAUGAGAUAGUAGAACAUGAAGAGAACUCCAUUGUUACAGAGAGUGAGAAUGGUGUUACAGUUAACCAGAGGUCAAAAUGUAAUUUAAAGGAUGGAGAUAAUGAUGAAAAUGGUAUAGAUCGAGCAAGCUUUAAGGACUUGAAAGUCACAGAAGCUGUCAAGAGGUGGAUUAGAGAGGUAACUCCAGAAAAAGCAUUUUCACUGACUGAGGAAGUUCAAACUCGUUUGUUAUCAGACCAGGUCCUUUUUGAGGAAAUGGACACUGAGGAUGAAUAUAUUGAAGAUGAGAUCUCGGAAGAUGCAAAAUCCAUUACUGUCAUGGAGCCAAAAAACGUGAAAGGCAACCCUUUCGUUGCAGCAUCCAGUGAUGUCCCUAACGUGGGGAUGGAAAGCUGCGGCAAAAGGGUUGCUGUAAUGAAUAGGUUAAGAGAAACCACUCCAGACACGUUGGAUGAAUAUGAUGGUGCUAGCACAAUAAGCAACCUCAGCUAUGAUCACCUGUAUUCAGAGGCAUCAUCAAGCCAUCCUGCCUCAAUCAACCAUAGCUUUGAUGAUGAGGAAAUGGAUAAAUAUUCAGAAAAUCCAGAUAUUUAUAAUCCCACUUCUUAUACCAAAUACUAUCAGCUGGGUGUAGAACUGGAUGAAACAACACCUGUUCCAACACCACCACCAAUGAAUGAACAAAGGUCACGUGAGGCCACACCUACAGCCCAAGACAAGUCAGAGACUGUUAGUGAGUGUGGAUCUGAAGAUGUUGAAACUAUUCCACAUAAAUAUGAGGUAACUAAUCAGCAGCACACAGGUACUUCACCCAUGUCUUUGGCCACGGAGAUACUUAAAGCAGAAAAAGUAUUUAACAACAUGGCACACAUUGCAGGUGCCCAGCAAGAUCUGGCAAUGGCUGAAGAAUGCUUUGGCAACCCAGAUAUUUAUCUGAAGCAUUAUGGGGCUGCAUCACAUGGUGAAGUGGGUGACAGUGGGGUACAAUCAGAGGAGAGCAGCGAUGAAACAGAGGCUCGCAGUAAUGUAAGUAGCAGUGGUAUUGGGUCAUCUUUGGCCUCUACACCUGCAAUUUCUCCAGCACACUUCCUGUCUGGAAGGCCUCCUCUUCAGCCACACCCAUUGAAAAAUUUAUCUGCAAGAGAAGGUCCAGUGCCAUGCAGGACAGUGUGCUGUGCUGUCAUGUGAGCAAUCUUCACUACAUAAUGUAGGUUUUGCUCCAUCUUGUUAACCCUGUGGCGUGGAAGGCAGGCAAAGGGGGCAUCUCCCCCUGCUCCCGCCCGCUCGUGCCUUACAGGGAGAGACUUCUGGGCGGGGAACUGUCCAGACACCAAGGGUACAACGCUUAAACUGCUGUGAACUGUGAUCCUUUGGGUCACAUGCUCACCUGUUAUUUGUAGGAGCACAUGGCUGAAAAAAUCAGUUUGUGCAAAUGUGUGUAUGUUGGAUGCAAUAUGAGUAGUGAGUCAGUGCAAGGUUGCUGUAGGAUAGUGUCCUUAAGUCACGCAAGAACCGUGCUUUUGGUGCUGUGGUCAUUUAGGCCAAAAAGCCGCAUGGCCUCACUUGGAUUGCACUGCACUUUGAGUCUGCAGGCCUGCAAGGGUAGCUGCCCACACUGCCAGAACCAUGUACACUUGAAACAGGUGUAGAAAAAAAUGCUGCCAGAUGGUGGGUGGCCUCCCUCUCAGGUUUGUGGGUGUGAGCUCGACAAAGUCACAUCACCCAGAAUCGCUUCAUUCUCAUGCAAUGUCAUUGUGAUAGGCAUAGUGAACCCUAUAGAUAGCUGUUAUUUAUUUUUAGACAUGUGAUGUUUUAGUCGUUAUUGUAGAGAUGUUAUACCCCUGUGCAUUUACAUGUCAUUCGGGUAGUGUUGAUGGUAGGUAGCGUUUUUGGCUGCUGAGAUAAACGUAGGUGUAGGUAGGCCCGGUGCCUCAAGGUGUGUGGGAUUGGAAAACACAGGACUGUAAUUUGUAAUUAAAUUAGUAAAUUUCAUGGAUGAUAUAUCUGGUAUUGCCCCAUAAAUUUUAUUGACAUCUUUUACCCCUAAUAUAAAUUAUAUACAGUCUGUCAAAUUAUAAAAUUGAAGGUUUGCUGAACAUUAAAAUGAUAAAACAGUGUUUCCAAAGCCAAACCACCUAGCAUCCUACUAUUUUGUUGAUACAGCUGUAUGUUGAGACAGCAGCUCUCCACAUCACUCUAGAUGCCUCCUUUGUUGCAACUGUUGGAUGUCGACAGGGACCCAUUGCUGUUUAAGUUAAUUUGCUUAGCACACAGCAAUAGUUUGACUAUGCAUGUCAUUUCAUCUACAGUGGUUAUGAUUUAAAGAGUAAUGCUUCAACUAAUGUUCUCCCAUGACGUAGUGAAGAAUAUGCUUGAUUGUUAAACAAUGAAUCGUGAGAAAUGGGUGUUCUUGUACGACACUGUGAGUUUGAGUUGUUGUUUGUUAUAGCUUAUAUACAAUGGAACUGAAGUUGACCUAUUUUUGCUGAUGCCUGUUUCCAGGUUUUUACCUCUUGUUGUAACGUAAAUGAAUUGCUGACCAAAUGCACUCUCUUUUGCAUAUCUUCAGCCUUUGUAAGCAAUGGACAUUGGUCCUGAUGCCUCUGUGACUUAAAAAUACUGUGGCAGCUUAACUGAAGUACCUUGGCUGUGUUAAAAAUGUUAUUUCGUAUUACAGAUCAUGAUUUCCUUUAUUUUUCACAGAAAUAAACCGGAGACCAACAAUGUCGUUUGUCAAUUUCCACUGAUGCCAUAUUACUUAUAUUCCAUAGACAUGACUGGCUGCAUCCUCUAUGGUUAUAUGCCAAGGCUGUUGGAUUGUUGUUUUCUUUUUGUAAAUAUAGAAUCAAUAAAAUUUGUUGUAUUUAAA